GCCGCCGCCGCCGCCGCCGCCGCCGCGCUCCGGGCCCGGCGCCCUUCUCUCUCCGCUGCCCCCGUGCCCUGCCUCCGCUCUAGCCUGGAGCGGGCGCCGCGAUGGCUCCGGCCGCCGACCGGGAGGGUUACUGGGGUCCGCCGACCUCCACCCUGGAGUGGUGCGAGGAGAACUACGCCGUCUCCUACUACAUCGCCGAGUUCUGGAACACAGUGAGUAACCUGAUUUUCAUUCUACCUCCAAUCUAUGGUGCGAUUCAGACCUAUAAAGAUGGCCUUGAAAAACGGUAUUUAGCUGCAUAUUUGUGUCUUACAGCUGUGGGAUUGGGAUCUUGGUGCUUCCACAUGACCCUGAAGUAUGAAAUGCAGCUGUUGGAUGAACUGCCAAUGAUAUACAGUUGUUGUGUGUUUGUCUACUGCCUAUAUGAAUGUUUCAAGUACAAGAAUACAGUCAAUUAUGCACUGCUUUUCUUGUUAAUAACAUACAGCGUCGUAGUCAGCAUAGUUUACCUAAAUUUGAAAGAGCCUGUAUUCCAUCAGAUCAUGUAUGGAACACUAGUUUCCAUCAUAGUUCUAAGAUCUGUUUAUAUAGUGUUAUGGGUAUACCCAUGGCUUAGAGGUUUAGGAUACACAUCAUUAACUGUAUUUUUAAUGGGAUUUUUUCUCUGGAAUGUGGACAACAUUUUCUGUGAUAAAUUGAGAGCGUUACGAGAGAAGAUGCCUCCUGUGGUGGGAGCUGUGACACAGUUUCAUGCAUGGUGGCAUAUUCUCACAGGCCUGGGUUCUUACCUUCAUAUCCUGCUAAGUUUAUAUACAAGGACACUUUUCCUGAAACACAGGCCAAAGGUGAAGUUUGUUUUUGGAAUAUGGCCUGUUCUUCUUGUGGAGCCACCCAAGAACCUUUGACUGAGCCCUGGGCAGCCACACAUGAUCACCUGGCCUGGCUGAAUAAAGCAUUUCAACAGUGACUCUGGCUGAAGUGUCAAAAUUCUGGCUCAAUCCAAGUACCAUUGCUGUUAAAGGACUUCUCUGUGCUACGAAGCCAGUCAGCUGAAACACGGCAAAGAGCUAGCACACAAGGGAAAUAGCACUUAGUACAGCUUUAUUCUAAGUUGUUAAAACAAAGAUUAAGACACAAGGGUUUUAUGUAUAUAUUGUACAGCUGAUGAUAUUGAGGUAAUAUUUCGUGCUGGUCACAGAAAACUAACCAUUUUUGAAGUGGAUUGCAUACUUUUUUCAUUCAGUUUUUGUUCUUUCUGUGGUCUAAACUAAUAUUAGUAACUGAAUGACAAAACUAGGCCAUUGAUGGCCAAGCUAAGCAUCUGUGUGGCCUAUAGUGAACUGAAUGCUUAACCCAAACUACUUUAACCUUGCACUUUUAUACAAUUAAUGAAGUAUGUAAUGGUUGAUUUAGGCCUUUAUUCUACCUUGCUUUUCCACAGCCUCCUUUGCAAUUUAUAUUUCAAGCAAAAUGGUUGGGAUACCUGUGCCAUUUAGUUCGUUUUGUACCAAGCUUGCUUUCUCUUUAGUCUAACUGAGAGAUUCAUCAUGGAGGAUGUUCCAAAAUAUGACCAGCAGAAGACAUUGAAAUGGUGAAGCUUUAUAGGUGUUCCUGUUUGCAUCUGGGAGCUCAAUUCAUAAUUUUUUUGACCUGUGAUUCAUUGCAAAAAUGUGGAGUGACUGUAGAAACAUAAGAAACACUUUUUUUUUUUUGUAAUUGUUAUUUACAUACCUAACUUUUCUAUCCCUUUCUUUAACUUCCCAUUUCCCAUUCAUACUACAGAUUGACAAACACCUUAGAUGAGCUCUAGUUCAGCCUUGAAUUCAUCUUCUUCUCACUUUACAAGUCUUAAAUUAUUGGUGGGGCUUUCAGAAGCAUCUUCUUAUUCAGAAACUUAGAAGGAGGAGUAAAGAACAAGACUGAGGCUGAGGAUAUCCCUAAAUACAAGGGACAGUGCUUUGCUUGCUUUUAAUCUAUCACGUGCUUAGUCUGUGAGAAAGGUGACCACCUUUUGAAACCAAACUUAGGGGAUUAAUGAGGGAGACAAACCCUGUUUUCUGCUAUUUUUAUCUACCCAGCUGAUGAAAGUUAGUAAGUAAAUUUAAAGAAAAUAUUAAACUAACACAGUUUUUCAAAAUAUACCUCAUAUGAAGGCUGUGAUUUUGAUGCUCUUAAUUUUGGCGCAACAGAGUCUAUCUCUGUGCCUACUUGCUGCCAUUCUAUGCAAUUUUUGUCUGCUUUUGAUGCUCUGAGGGAUUUAUCCUUCUUGCCAUGAAGAAGAAAAGGGAAGCUCUCAGACUCAUCCAGAAUCCCAUUUUGUAUUGAUUUACAACGUGCUCACAGCAGCAAAGCAUGGUAAUAUAGCUGUAAAGCUGUCUCCCAGGUCUCAGAGUCCUGACUGUUGAACAAUCAGUGCUGGCUAAAAUGGUCUCCUCCCUUUUCUCUGUUUGCAGUUUCUCUGCUACAUCCAUCAGUAGCUCUUCUCCUGAUGUGAACCUCCAAAUUAAAAUGUGGCUUCUGUUUUGUGACAACCCUGGACCCUUGAGAUCAAAUAACCCCAAACUGCGUUGGAAAAAGAUACUUAACCUUGAGUGAGUUCAGUGGGGUUUAAGCACGUGCUGAUAGCAGUGCAUUUCAACCUGUACACCCUAUAAAGACACCUGAAGGGUAAUUUUAGAACAGCUUUGAUAUCAGGAGGCUCCAGUUCCAUAGACAAGGUCAGCAUCUGUGCUGGGAAAUUUGAGUGCUCUUCAGACUGAAAGAAGUUAGCAGAACCAGCACAGAGGUAGGAAAAAGCUGUUAGGGUUCAGGUGCCUUUAAUUAUCCAGAAGGCAUAUAUUUUAUAAAGAGAUUUGAGAACUGUUUCAAAAAUGUAGCUUGAAAAUAAGUGCCUGCCUGUUCACCUCCAGGCUUUCUCAAGCAUUUUCCCACACACUGUAUCCCUUUUUCUUAUUUAGUAUGUUUACAUGUGUUUAUAAGUUAGGGAAGGAGUCUCGUAAGAGAAGCAGUGCAGCAGCAACAUAUCAACAGUCACUUGUGAAAUCUGCUUGGUAUGAUACUAUUUUUAUGGAAAUGGAAAAACCUUUAUUUUAGUGGCCUUAGUUUUGUUACUGAAGGAUCUGGGGGCUCUGUUUAGUUAAUUAAUUGCAAGAACCAGAGUGUCUUGAAAAGCCACUUUCUUAUUGAUCAGGCAUCUCUACAAUGGUAUAUUUUAAAGAUAUUUGUUGAUUCUUCUACACACUUGCAACUAGGAAGUCUAUGAUGGAGGCUUCAGAUCUUGUUGGACUGAAUUGUCAGGAUUUUAAAAAAAUUGAAAAGCUCGUAUUUUAAUUUUAUAGUGCUGUUAGUUUUUCAUUUAUGUAUUGUUUGUUGUUGAUGUUUUUUUUCUUGAAAAAAUAAAUGCAAAUUGGCUUCUUCCUGCAUUCCAAAUGAGCAAAAACAUGCACACCCCUCUACCACCUUGCCAGCAGCCUUUCUUUCAACAGAUUAUAUUAGACCCUGAGGAAUGUAAUUUACCUGUGUAUCCUUCUUAGCAUAAAUAAUCUAAAAUCAUGGGUGCUUUGGUUUGACUGCCUUACUGAUCUUGUGAGUGAUAUUGAAAAUGACAAGCCAGUUUUAACUACAUGUCAUUGAAAUUCAGACUGCCUUUUCUAGUGCCUGGAAAGACAUACAUACUUACUCCUGUAAUGUGUUAAAUGUCUGUUAAUUGCUUUUUAUUUAUAUUGCUUGUAUGACAAUGUUGAUUUUUUUUCUACAGACCUUAGAGCAGUAUAUCUUAAACUUUUCCUGCACUACAUCUUAGCAAGUCAUGUGUGAUCCUGUUUUUGAGUAGGAUUCAGACAGCAGCUACUUUAAAGAGAAUUAUGGAAGUAGCAGGUGUCAUUUGAUAUGAAUUCUGCAGGAUGUGUUGGACAGACUUUAUAACAAUGAACUCUUCUAUUCCCUAACAUCUAUGAAGAACCAGGAAAUCUGCCACCAUACGACCAUCAAUUUGACACAGAUGAGCAGUAAGUAGCUCUGCAGUCCAUGAGCUGAAAAAUUCUUUCAUGGAAAUAAGAGGAAAAACUUCAAAAUUACUCUCACAGUACAGAUCAAACCCAUACCUAAUUCUGGGAAUUUAGAUUUUUUGGAUACAGCUCAAGGUAUGCAUUCUCCAGUGAGGAGGAAUCUCAUCCAUGUUUCAAAGGCAGUGCUGUUGGCUAGCAGUAUUAGUCAUCUCCAGACUUCAUUGUAAUGGGUUUUUCUGUUAGCACAGGGCUGCUGUGCUGCCCAUGAGUGUUUAAAAACUCCCCCCAGUCAGAGUUGGAAUAUGCAGUGUUACCACUUGCCAGUCUACCUCUGUCAUGUGUUGUACCCUACCUGUGCCCUUAAUUACAUUUGCCUCAAUGUGUGUGCAUCAGAGCAGCCUGACUUAGACCGUGCAGCCCCUGGGAGUGGCAACAGUGUUGUAUUGAUUCCUGGCUGACUCUCUUCACUGCCUGUAAACAUUCUCCCUUUUUUGGUGUGUGUCACCCACAGCCUGUGCUCAGUCUGCCUCUCAUCUUUGUGUAAGUCUGGCUGCUUUAGAGAGAGAUUCGAGUAGGAGGACUUCAAUUCAGACAGGUGUAGUGAAAUCUUUUGGGAGGGAUAUAGUGGAAAAUAUUGCUCUUUAAUUAAAUUCUCUUUUAAUCCUGUUCUGUGCUGUCUUGCUUGGCUAAAGCUGAAUUGUAUGAUUUGAAAUGCAGUUGAUUCUUUUGGCCAAUUGUGGAUUUGUUCUAACACCUCAUUUCAAGCAGCUGAAUGUGUUUUUCAUCAAACACUUCCAUGUGAAUCUCAGCAACAGAAAAUCCUCCCAAUACUACCAGUGUUUCUCGCAGUCACUAUCACCUUGUUUAAUCUGCAUUCAAGAAUUUCAGUAAUACCAUUUUUUAAAACCUGUUUCUCUCUGUGGAUAUAUUGCAGCAUUUUAAUAGGAGGUGGUGAAACAAUUCUGUACAGAAGAGAUGUAACGGAGUGGCAAUGCUGUUUUCUUUAGUAGACAUCAGAAUUCAGGAGCACACAUCCAUUUUGGGGGAAUGUGCGCCCUGUAAUUUAGAUUAACAUAUUCAGGUAAAACUUUCAGUUUACUUUAAACCCCAUCUGCACUUAAUAAGUAGACAGUGGGAGGUUUUUAACUGCGAAGUGCUGUUUGACUGUGAGACUUUACCAUGAAGAGGGAUAAAUGAUGGAGUCUUUAUUACACAUGAGCAGAGCAAAGCCAGAAGGAGAUUAAGAAAUCUUGCAUGAAAAGAGAAUAACAAAAGAUUAAGCACAGAAUCCCGUAGUAUUACGUCAACCACCCUCCUGGUAUCUGCACUUUAGAUACUUGAAUGUUUUGCUAUUUAUACAUUUACCUUUCCAUGUUGACUACUGCUCUCUUCUCCACAGAAGUGAUGUAGUUUCUGUUACAUUCAGUUCAUUGUAGAUAACUUAGAGGUGGAUUUAUGAGGAAGGAACAUGACACAUGUUUUGAAAUGUUUUGUACAUGAAUGAAUGCAUUUCUAUCUGGAAUGUCUUCUGCCAGCUUUGUUUGAGAGUCUGUAACCUAAAGAUGGAGAACUUUCUAUGUAACUAUUAAAAUUGGGUUUGGGUGUCUUUGUUCAGUUUCUCACGCACAACUGCCUACGCUGCCAAGUGCCUGAUCUCAUUGUUACAAGGCUUUUCUGAGAGCUGGGGCUGUGUUUCCUCCUGAGUUCUCUAAGACAAAGUCUUUGGUAGGUGGGGGCCAAUAUUUAUUUAAGUCCUGCUUCUGCAGGAAUCCCAGUGCUAUUUUUACUGGCUUUCCUGUUAGUUAUCCAAUACGUGUCUGCCUCUGACUCAAACUUGAGCCUGGUUACCCACCUUCCUGAUGCUGUUGCAUCUUUCCAGGCUCUGAAAGCUAGGUGAGGGAUUUAGCUGUACUGGAGGUGUUUAUUUCGGGUUGUGUAGUUCAGUGACAGGCAGUGUGAGGGCGCAGCAGUCAAGCAAGCACUUUAUGUGUAGCCCUCUUAUUGGAGCUCCCAGCCAGAUGUUUUAAACAGGACUGGGGACAGGGGGAUUCGUAUGUACAGUUUGAGAGGCAGGUUUAAUGCCUGAACCUCUUACCUUACUGCAGAACUCUCCCAUUUUACGUCUUGAAAUUUUUUAGGUUUGACUAAGUAUGUAAUUGUUGAUUUAAGAAGAACUAAGUUCAGAGUUCAUGUGACUCCCUGAAACAGUGCCUGCAAUUUUGGGGUUUUUUGCACAUAUAUCGCACAAAUUGAUAAGAGCAGAUUGUUAAGAUUUUUUAAAGUGCAAAGAUAAAGGGUCUUUUGCUUAUUUGUCCACAGGAAUAGCUAUAAGCACAAUCUUAUAUUCCUUCUUCUGUCCCCAAAGCUCUGGAACAUAUAUGUGUUUCUCCAAAGACAGUGCUGAAUAAAAUGGCUCAUAGCAAGUUAUGUACCAAAAUGUUUUCCACAUUAAAGGUGUGGAAGAACUCUGUUUGUGUAUCCUAUUGUUCCUUGGAUUUUGGAAGAGAGGGUUUCAAGCAGCAUAAGCAGUAUUUACUCCUUAGACUGAACAGAAACUAGUUUUUCUCUUGAUUUUCCAAAUUGAUGUUGACUGUGUCAUGUUGAUUGUUGAUCUCAGCGUAAUGCAUGGAUGAUGCUACAGUCUGAUCAAACAUCAUCUGUCCACCUGGAGUGGACAUGAAAUCUCCUGUUCAUUACCUGACCAAUAACAUUGACAAUAUGAGUUCUAACAUGUGGGUUUCUCUUCCUGAAAUUCAGUACAUUGUUGCAGAUUGAUAAUAACACUGUGAGAGAUGAGUAGCAGUUGACAUGUAGAACACAGCUACACUGAGAAAUGCUUGUUGAAAACUUUGAUACACUGAACUGACUCUUCCUACCAAACCAGCUGGUAACCAAUUUUAGGCUUAUAUGUAUCAGCAUAUCUUGUUUUCCAAAGCACAGUAGCUUUGAAAUAUUUAAUAUGUUUCAUUUGUUAUUCAUGCUGCAGUCAAGCACUAAUUUGUCUUUAUAGUACAAACUAUUAAAGAAUUUUGUUUUAAAUACAA